ACCAAAUUGGCUUUUCUAAGCAACAUCUUUUCUUCCACCACAUCACACAUAUAUAUAUUUCUAUUAUAUCUAUGUCCAUGUGUGUGCUAUACUUGGGUUUGUUAGCCAAAACGUUUGCAUCAAUCCCUAACGGAAAAUUCUCAUCUUCCACCACCAUAUAUUCUCUUUCCACUCUUGUCUUUGUUGUUAGUUGCCUCCUCUUAUAUCUUUGUACCUCUCCCUCUUUGCUUUAUAUAUAUACUCUCGAUCGCACAACAUAGAGUUCAUAUUGAUUAUAUAUAUACCAUAAAGGGAAAGCAAGAUAGAUCAAGCAAGAGGUAGUAGGGUGGGGAAAUAAAUAUUCUCGAAUUAGGGUUUCCUUCUUUUCUUUGUUUGUUGUGUCUUGUUUUGGUCUAGCUUUUAGGAAGAGAUAACAUGUGUAGUAGAGGCCAUUGGAGGCCAUCUGAGGAUGAGAAGCUCCGGGAGUUGGUGGAACGCUAUGGACCUCAUAAUUGGAACGCCAUAGCUGAGAAGCUCAAAGGAAGAUCAGGGAAAAGUUGCAGGCUGAGAUGGUUCAAUCAACUGGAUCCAAGAAUAAACAGGAGUCCUUUCACUGAAGAAGAAGAAGAGCGCCUUCUAGCUUCUCACAGGAUUCAUGGUAACAGAUGGGCCGUGAUUGCGAGGCACUUCCCCGGACGAACCGAUAACGCUGUCAAGAAUCAUUGGCAUGUGAUGAUGGCAAGGAACCGUCGAGAAAGGUACAAGGAGGACGUUUAUGCGAAAGGGCCUCUUCACCACACAAACAAUUUCUCUCCACAGGAUCAUCAUCAAACAAACUUUGAGACAACAACAUGUCUCCCUUCGUUUGUUGAGAAGCUGUAUCAUGAAAAGUAUUAUCCUUGUGUCACGUAUAGCCCUUUCCGGUUUCCCAAGAGGUUUAACUUUCAAGAUCCAAGUUCUUGUUCCACAAAGCUUCUUCAAGAAAGAAGCAAAUCUGUUGAGUUCUAUGAUUUUCUUCAAGUAAAUACUGAAUCCAGUAAAAGUGAAGUUACAGACAAUGCCAGAAGAGAUGAUGAGGAAGUCAAUCAAAAUGCUAUGGGAGAGCAGAAUAAGGAUUGUGGCGUUCCAUUCAUUGAUUUUUUGUCUACUGGAAGCAGCUAACAUAGUGCAAAAUUAAGUUUGCCCAUUUGGCCAUUUGUAUGAAUGAAGCCUGACUAGAACGAAAUCUCACCUUAGGUUCCGUUCAUGUAACUAUAAGCGCAUUCACAAAAACUGUAACGUAUUUAAUUAAGGAUAUAUGUACACUUGUAACAAGAAGUACAAAAUAUAUACUGCUUAUGUAUGUGUACAGAAUUCAAAAUUAAAUAUUAACCGAAGAAAAAAUAGAAAUGCUAUGGGUACUUUUGCA